UCCCACUCCACACUAGCAAAAGAUAGCCAACAAUGGCAUUUGCAAAACUCUCUCUCGCUUUGAUCUCCUCUCUGCUUCUUGUUCUAAGUUCUUUGGUUGCAGCAAACCAUUGCGAUUGCGGUGGAAAACGAGGAGGAAGAGCUCAAGGCGGCCACAGUCACAACACCACCUCUCCAUCGCCGCCCACCAUCGACAUUGGAGCCCUCGUCUCGAGCGACCUGUUCGACCAGCUGCUGGACAACAAGAAGGCUGUCAUGGGCUGCGCGGGAUCCUCCUUCUACACGCACGCAUCCUUCAUGGCCGCCGCCAAGGCCUUCCCGGCAUUUGGGUGCACGGGUUCCCCGGAGCAGCGCAAGACGGAGAUCGCCGCCUUCUUUGCCCAGACGUCGGCUCAAACCGCCGGAGGUGGGCUUCCAGGAGGGUUGCUCUCUUCUGGAUACUGCAUGGUGGAAUCACAUGAUAAAAACCGAUAUUGCCAGCAAUCGGAAGCCUGGCCUUGCGCUCCUGGCAAGAGCUACCAUGGCCGAGGACCAUUGCAGCUCAAAUGGAACUUCAACUAUGGAGCCUGUGGACGUGCUGUUGGCUUCGAUGGAAUAAAAAACCCCGAGAUAGUCGCAAAAGAUCCCGAGGUGGCGUUCAAGACCGCUCUCUGGUUCUGGAUGACCCCGCAAGGCAACGCGCCCUCUUGCCACGAUGUGAUCCUCGGCGUGUGGAAGCCAAGCAAAGUCGAUAUUAGUGCCGGGAGAACUACUGGGUGUUAUGGAACAGUCACUAAUAUCAUCAAUGGACGCGAAGAAUGUGGGCAGGGUCCUAAUGCCCAUGGCAAAGUUCGAGUUGGGUUUUACAAGCGUCUCGGAGUUCUCCUGGGGGUUGACACUGGACCAAAUGUGGAUUGCUACAACCAGAAGCCAUGGAACUAAAUUAGCUCGAUCGCGAGAACUUGACAAUAAUGUAACUUUGUGACAAUGGUGUGAUUAAUUAUAAUGAAUGAUAAUAUAGUGUUUGUAUA